CCGGGUUAAACAUAAUUUAACUGUAAGCAGAAAGUCCCUAGAAGAAGCUAAUGUUUAUGUGAAUUUCAAGAAUUCACGAAGUCUCACACUGCUUACAAUUACCUUAAAACCAUUAGUGCAUGAAUUGGAAAGGAAAAUGAGGACUAAUAUGGUAAAUUAUUACAGGAAAUUAAAAUCAAAUGGUCAGACAACCUCUUUAAGAUUUAAAGAACAACUCGCCACUGUGUCACUAUCAAGUGAAAUGUACAGUAUAAAAAUAAACAAAGCAGAUUUUAUUAAAAAGGAGUGCUUAUUAAAGACACUGAACUGAUGUCAAUCUGACAGUUGAAGGCAGGAGGCAUAUUGGAAGAGCAUAUAAAUAAUACUCAUUAUUGAAGUAUUUUAUCUGUGGAUAAAAAUUAUAUAUAAUAUUGAAGAGAUGUUCAAUAC